AAUCCUGCCUAGCCUACACAUGACAUUGACUUGGCACAAUAUAUGAGUAUAGACAGCCAGAAUUUCUGUUCUCUUAACUUUAAGGUUCCCCAAAACCAAGUUAAGUUCAAGCUUCUUCUUAAUCUUUAUUAUGUAUACAUAUAUAUAAUAACUCAGUGGUGAGAUCAAGUAUAGAGCUACCCCAAAUUCACCUUUAUUUUCAAGUAUGGGGAGCAUGAGACUCAGCUUCAAUUCCCUUCUUCUAAUCCAUUUGAUCCUAAUAUGCCUUGUUUGUGUCAAAGGAGAUGAGCAAGACCGAAAGAAGUUCUACAUUGUAUACUUGGGAGAUCAUCCUGUGAAUCAUGAACACUCUGCAGCCCAAACACAUAUGAAUGUCCUCUCAUCUGUAACCGGAAGCUAUUCUGAUGCUGCAGAGUCCAUGGUUUAUAGCUACACCAAGAGCUUCAAUGCAUUUGCUGCUAAGCUUUCUAGUCACGAAGCCGAAAAGCUAUCAAGAAUGGAUCAAGUUCUCUCUGUGACUCCAAAUAGGUAUCACAAGCUGCACACCACAAGGUCAUGGAACUUCAUUGGGUUACCAUUAACAGCUAGAAGAAAUUUAAAAAGUGAAAGUGAUAUUGUUGUUGGACUCUUUGAUACAGGAAUUACUCCAGAGUCCCAGAGCUUUAAGGAUGAAGGAUUUGGUCCUCCACCAGCAAAAUGGAAAGGAACUUGUGGCCAGUUUGCUAAUUUCUCUGGAUGCAACAACAAAAUCAUAGGAGCUAGAUAUUUCAAGCUUGAUGGCACUCCAGACCCAGCUGACAUCUUAUCUCCAGUGGACGUGGAUGGACAUGGAACUCACACCUCAUCGACCUUAGCUGGGAACCUAGUCCCGAAUGCCAACCUCUAUGGCCUCGCUAAGGGCACUGCACGAGGGGCAGUGCCCUCAGCUAGGGUGUCCAUGUACAAAGUUUGUUGGGCUAGUUUCGGCUGCUCUGACAUGGACAUUCUUGCUGCGUAUGAAGCUGCCAUACAUGAUGGCGUGGAUGUCAUAUCGAUUUCCAUUGGUGGAGGGGGACCUAGUUAUGGUUCAGAUAGUAUAGCAGUUGGUGCAUUUCAUGCCAUGAAGAAGGGUAUCAUUACAGUGGCCUCAGCUGGAAAUGAUGGACCAAGUUUGGGGAGUAUUGUUAACCAUGCACCAUGGUUGGUAACUGUGGCAGCUAGUGGCAUUGAUAGGCAGUUCAUUAACAAAGUUCAUUUGGGCAAUGGAAAGGAUAUAUUAGGGGUUGGAGUGAGCACAUUCAAUCCAAAGAAGAAGUUGUACCCUCUUGUUAGUGGGGUUGAUGUAGCACAAAGCUCUGAAACCAAAGAAAAUGCAAGGUUCUGUCUUGGAGGCUCAUUAGACCCUAAAAGAGUAAAGGGAAAGAUUGUUUUCUGCCAAUUUGGAUCUUGGGGUACAGAUUCGGUUAUUAAAGGAAAUGGAGGAGUUGGUACCAUUGUUGAAAAUGAUCAAUUUCUCGAUGCUGCUCAAAUAUUUAUGGCACCAGGAACCAUGGUUAACUCUACAGUUGGAGAAAGCAUUGAUGCCUAUAUACAUUCAGCAAAAUCACCAUCAGCAGUUAUAUUCAAGUCACAAGAAGCACAAAGACGCGCUCCGUAUGUUGCUUCAUUUUCAUCCCGGGGUCCAAAUCCGGGAUCAGAACACCUUCUCAAGCCUGACAUUGCAGCACCUGGGAUUAACAUUUUGGCAUCUUACACUCUAUUGAAGACGCUUACUGGGUUGGAUGGUGACACACAAUACUCAGAAUUCACACUAAUGUCUGGAACUUCAAUGGCAUGUCCACAUGUUGCUGGUGUAGCAGCAUAUGUCAAGUCAUUUCACCCGAAUUGGUCUCAAGCUGCAAUAAGAUCUGCUAUCCUGACCACAGCAACACCGAUGAGCCAAAGAGUGAACGCAGAAGCAGAAUUCGCCUAUGGUGUUGGUCAAGUGAACCCGAGAAAAGCUGUGAAUCCAGGCUUAAUUUAUGACAUGGAUGAAAUGUCAUACAUUCAGUUCCUAUGCCAUGAAGGCUAUAGUGGUUCCUCAUUAGCUCCAUUAGUUGGCUCAAAGUCCAUAAACUGCUCCUCAUUGAUUCCUGGACUCGGUUACGAUGCUAUCAACUAUCCCACUAUGCAGCUCAGCUUGAAAAGCAGCAAGCAACCAACAGUAGCUGUUUUCAGAAGAACUGUCACUAAUGUUGGUCCUGCUAGUUCCACAUACAAUGCCACUAUCAGAGCACCAAAGGGAGUGGAAAUCACUGUCAAACCCAUGAGCCUGACUUUCUCUCAUGCUUUGCAAAAGAGGAGCUUCCAAGUUGAGGUGAAGGCGAAUCCGAUGGACAGUAUGACAAUGGUGUCUGGCUCACUUGGAUGGAAAAGCUCUAGGUACACUGUGAGGAGUCCCAUUGUGGUAUACAGUCCAGGAAAUUAA